UCCUCCCGCUUCUCCUCCAGUCGGUGUCGAGACACGCUCGAGCACAGACGUGCUGCCGGAGCCCUCGCCGUCUUACCCUCGCUCCGCUUAGCGAGCUCGCUGUGCGCGACCAGCGGCGCCCAGCCACCCUGGAUACAGUGCUCAGUGUGUGACAAGGUGCCUCAAGCCCUUGGUGACCGCCCCUGUGAACGUGUGUGUGCGUUAGUGCAUUUGUGUGUGUGUGUCCGCCUGGAGGCCAUGCUGCAGAGUGCGUCGUCGCCCCGGCGAGUGUAGAAACGAGUUUGAGCCGUUGUGCGCGCGUGUGUGUGCGCGCGCGCGCGUGUGUGUGUGUGCGCCGUGCCGCGACGGUCCGGCCGCGAUGGGUUAACAGUGUAACAUGUGCGAGCAUGUGAUGCCCUUCGUCGACAAGGACAAACGCCGUCCCUUCUACCCCCAACACCUGCUGUCCGCUGCGCGCUCCGUCAUGGCGUGGCACGAGCGGCGGACCCUGUCUUCGACGCCGUCCUCGCGGAGCCUCUUCUGCUUCCUGACGGCGUCCUUCGCCUUCGCGCUGGGCCUCGUGGUGGGCGUCAUGAUCCCGCUGUGCCUGCUGCCCAGGCACGUCGCCGACGCCGCCAUCCUGCCCGCGUCGCGGCCCUUCUCGGCCAGACUCAACGCCUCCAUGAACCACCUGCGCGUCGACGAGGACGAGGGUCGGCGCCAGUGGCGGGUCACCCCCAACCGCAGCAGCGCCGACGCGCCCGCGACCACGCCGUCGCCGCCCCCGCGCUUCCCUAGCGUGUCCUUCGUGUCGCAGUUUGCGGCGUCGCCGCCCGUCCUCGCGUCGCUGUCCAACAGCAGCGUGGCCGCAAUCCUGAGGGGCGAGUCGCCGGACGACACGACGUCCGCGCCGGUCGACACCGCCACACUGCGCGGCGGCAUCUACUGGGGGCAGCCCGUCGAGGAUGCGCUCCCCAAGGGCUUCACCGACGCCGAGGUGGAGGCGUGGCGGCGGUUCACCAGGACCACGUCCAUCGUCAAGAUGGAAGAGGGAUGCGGCCGCAUGCAGAACCGGCUGCUCACCUUCGCCGACGGCACUGCUUCGUGCUGCCGCUACCGCCAGAACACGGACCAGAUCCAGGGGGAGCUCUUCAGCUUCCUGCUCGGUCACCUGCUGGGCCUGCGCAACCUGGCGCCGUCCACGCUGGCUGUCGUCCGCACCCGGGACCCCCGCUGGGGACAGGUCCGGGAGCACGUCUCGGUGGCCGAGUGGGCCGAGGACAAGCCCGUCGUGCUGACGAGGUUCGUGCCCUCACUGCAGCCCGCCCACAUCCCCAAGGCGCUGCGCGGGCCCAACCGGCGCCUGCACCCGCCAGACGUGGACGUCGGCGGCGACUCUCUCACCGAGCUGGCCCAGUGGUCCGACCUGGUCGUGUUCGACUACCUCACAGCCAACCUGGACCGCGUCGUCAACAACCUGUACAACCAGCAGUGGAACAAGGGCAUGAUGGACGCGCCCGCCCACAACCUGGCUCGCGACCCCAACACGGGGCUGCUCGUGUUCCUGGACAACGAGAGCGGCCUACUACACGGAUACCGCCUGCUCCGAAAGUACGAGAACUACCACCGCCUGCUGCUGGACCAGCUGUGCGUCUUCAGGCGGCCCACCGUGGACGCCCUCCGCCGUCUGCACCAGGACGGCGACGUCGGGGACCGCCUGCACGAGGCGUUCCUCACCGCGGAGCCGCAGGGCCGGGAUGUGCUCCCGGGCCUGCCCACCCACAACGUCAAGGUGCUCAGGGAGCGCAUCAAGAGGGUCCUGGACCAGGUGGAGCUGUGUGAGGCUCGGUACGGCGAGAGGACGCGGAGGUCGUCGUGAUGAUCACGAUGCCUAACCUCGCCACGCCCCCUGACAGAUAGAACGGGCGCUCGGACACGUGUGGUUCGCGUGUGAUAGUGGAUCCACCAGGUCGCUAUUAUCAAAAUUCAGCAGAGUAUCACCAUGCAUGUUGAUCGUCAUACCGAGGGGACCAGUCGAAGACGAUGGGGAAAACUG